UCAACACAAUAAGCAAACAAUACAUAUUGAUUAAUGCGGAGAAGCAGCGUCUCAUUUUUACAUACUUAUUUAUUAUCUAACAAGCUGGAUCGGAGUAGCGUGAGAAAUACUGUCACUAAUUAAUCAAGAAGUUUUAUUCUAGUUUAUUUUACCCUUUGCCGACUUAAUAUAAAAUUUCAAUUCGUUCAACAUUUUCUUACAUCACGAAAUUGUUGAGAAAGUUUUGAGGGAGCUGAGCCUGAACAAUCCGGUCAUUGUUAAGGUAGUUCAGUUUUGGGUAGCAGUUAACCUUGAGUCUGGCAAUUGUUUAGAUAUUUUAGAGCAGAUAAAUAUGUCUGAAUAUGUCUGAAAUACACCCUGUGACUCUUUAGGAAAGUUAACCAAACAAACAAUUGAUUAUAUAAUAUUGAUCCAGUAAUAUAUACGAGUCAGUAGCCUUCAGUGUCGUUACAGUUGCAGUACAGAAAUUUAUUUCAAGGAUUCUACAAGCCGAACUGGCCUGACUUAAAAAAUACAAUGAAACACAUUUCUGCAAGCACCAUUAUUGUAAUCAUUCUAACCUUUGGCCCAUUAACUUUUGUUAGAGGAGAAAAAAUACUAUUUUUCUUUGGAGGAGGAAGUUACAGUCACAAGCACAGCGUUUGGCCAUGGACAACGGCUUUGGCCAGCCGUGGUCACGAUGUAACUUUCAUAUCCGCACAUGCAAAAUCACCGUCAAACCAUCCGAAUAUUUCUGACCUCUCGUCCAACACUCUCACGCAGUUGAUGAGCCAGUCCUACGAUGUUGAUCGAUUUCAGCAGAGGGAGAGAGGAGAGAGUCAAAAUAUCUUGACCACUUACAGCUCAAUUUCUGUGCAGAUUUGCGAAACGGUGAUCCUGCGGUCUGAACACGACCCCAUUCUGCAAAAGCUAAUCUACAACGAAAGUUUUGAUUUGGUGAUCAUCAACAUCAUUUUUGGCGAAUGUGGUUUCAUUUUUGCGCAUCGUUAUAACGCCAAAAUUAUUGUGUUUGAUGCAAGUGUUCCUCUGCCAUGGUUUAACGACGUGUAUGGAUACCAAGCCGAUUCAUCCUGGAUUCCAGACAUCAUCAUGAAGUAUGAAAACAUUCCCAUGUCAUUCAUGGACAGGAUGAAAAAUGCUUUGUGGCCAGCUUACUGGUACUGGGAUAGACACGCAGUCAUGUAUCCAGAAUUUGACAGAAUUGCAAAACAAGCAUUUCAUUCACAAGAUAUCCCACCCUUUGAAGAGCUUGAAAAAAAUGUCAGCCUCGUUGUUGUUAAUUCGCAUCAUUCCUUCGAUUUUGCAUAUACGUUACCUCCGUGCGUAGUGCAGGUUGGAGGAAUGAAUGCGUACUUGCCAGAAAAAGCGAUUCCAGAGAAAUAUUUAAAAUUCAUGGAUGAUGCUGGGCCAGCGGGUGUGGUUUUAAUCUCGUUUGGUUCGACUGUGAAUUUGGAGAAAAUUGACCCAUAUUAUAGCAAGAUUUUUUUCGAAGUGAUCAAAAAGCAUAAAAAUGUACGAUUUAUUCUAAAAUGGAGUGGCCCGUAUCCAAAUGGAUAUGAAGAUGGGUUGGACAACUUACUGACCGAUAAGUGGCUCCCACAAAGAGAACUUUUAAGACAUCCCAAGCUCAAAACUUUUGUGACUCAUGGUGGCUUGAAUUCAAUUCAGGAAGCGACAUUUUACGGGAUGCCAAUGAUUGUGAUGCCUCUAUUUGCAGAUCAGGACUACAAUGCGUAUCGAAUUGAUGCCCAGCAAGUAGGAUUCAGAAUAGAAAUUAAAGAUUUAACUUUUCAACGGAUGGAUGAAGCACUAGACAAAAUAUUGUCGGACAAAACUUAUCAGAAGAACAUGGCAGUAAAAGCCAGGAUUUUCCGGGACAGACCUCAAAACCCUCUAGAGACGGCCGUGUACUGGACGGAAUUUGUUAUACGAAAUGAUGAUGUGACAUCAUUGAAACCUAUGAAUUCUCAUUUAAACUGGUACCAGCGCAGAUUGUUAGAUGUGUAUUUGGUCUAUGCAGUAGUAAUUUCUCUAUCAAUGACCUUUGUGAGCUACCUGAUUUUUAUAAUUAUAAAACGGGGAUUGAAAUUUAAUGCAUCACGAGUAACACCUACCAAAUUAAAGAAAAAGAUUUUGUAGUAUAAGUAGUGACAAAUUUAUUUGACCAUAAAAAAAUAAUACAUUUGUGCGGCUUACGGUACAAUUGUUUGGAAUUAAUAACUACAUAAUAAAUAAUUCUCAGUUGUAUAAUAUA